CACUCUUGGUCUCUGACUCUGUUGUCUCCAUCCCAUCCCUUUUGGGGCUUCAACUGUACCAGUUGUCAGUUCUGCCCACAGCCAGGCCAGGGUUAACAGGGAGGGAGAUCUCAUUUCAUUUCCUGCCUCCACCCUCCAAUUAAAAUUGGUCAUUUUGCAUCUCAUUUCUACGUCCUUCAGGUGUGUCUCAGUCCCCAGACCAGUGAUCUCCAGGCCUGGAGCCUUGAAGGGGAGGCGAGAGCCUUCACAGUAGAGAGCCUUCACAGUCACAGGUCUGAACUUGACCCUUCACACCAAGUACCAUGGCCCUGGCCCUGACCAGCAACCCACAGGAGGCAUUGCUUUUGGCCUUGAGUGAGCUUGAUGAAAAUGACUUCAAGAUAUUAAAGUUCCACUUACGGGACAGAACCCUGCUUGGGGCCCAGGGGCUGGCCCGAGGGGAGCUGGAGGGCCUGAGUCGGGUGGACCUGGCUUCUCGGCUGGUUUUGAGGUACGGAGCGCAGGAGGCUGUGAAAAUGGUGUGCAAGGUGCUGCAGGUCAUGAACCUGUUAGAACUCGUGGACCAGCUCAGCCACAUCUGUCUAAAUGAUUACAGAGAAACAUACCGAGAGUACAUACGCUGCCUGGAGGAGAGACAAGAAGAGGGAGUCAGCCGCACCUACAACCAGCUGCUCCUGGUGGCCAUUGCCAGCUCGGGAAGCCCGGAGCCUGAGCAGGAGCAGGGCUCUGUCACGGUGGAGGCUCUGUUUGACCCAGGAGAGAUGCCCACCCCAGGCCCAGCCACAGUGGUGCUGCAGGGACCCGCUGGCACAGGCAAGACAACACUGGCAAGAAAAAUGGUGCUGGACUGGGCCACUGGCACGCUGUACAAAGACCGGUUUGAUUACGUCUUUUACGUGAGCUGCAGAGAAGUGGUCCUGCUGCCGGAGGGCACGCUGGACCAGCUCCUCCUCUGGUGCUGCGGGGACAGUAAGGCGCCCGUCACCGAGAUCCGGAGGCAGCCGGAGCGGCUCCUGUUCAUCCUGGACGGUUACGACGAGCUGCAGAGGCCCUUUGCCAAGAGGCUGAAGAGGCCGGGGCCCAGUCCCGCGCAGGACACGCUGCGCCGGCUCAUCCGGAGAGAGGUACUGCCCACGUGCUCCCUGCUCAUCACCACGCGGCCCCUGGCUCUGCGGAACCUGCAGUCCUUGCUCAGACAACCACGCCAUGUUCAUGUCCAAGGCUUCUCUGAGGAAUCGAGGGAGAAGUAUGUCCAGUCCUAUUUCACAGAUGGGGAGCAAGCCCAGAAGGCCUUUGACUUCAUACGUGGAAAUGACGUUCUCUACCAAGCAUGUCUGGUUCCAGGCAUCUGCUGGGUGGUCUGCUCCUGGCUGAAGGGGCGGAUGGAGAGAGGCGGGGAGGUCUCGGAGACUCCCAGUAGUGGCACCGACAUCUUCAUGGCCUACGUCUCCACCUUCCUGCCACCCAGUGACAACGAGGAUCCCUCCGAGCUCACCCGAGACAGGGUCCUGAGGGGUCUGUGCUCCUUGGCAGCCGAGGGGAUCCAGCACCAGAGGUUCCUGUUUGAAGAAGCUGACCUCAGGAAGCACAGCUUAGAUGGGCCCAGCCUGGCUGCUUUCCUGAGCAGCCAGGAUUACCAAGAGGGGCUUGACAUCAAGAAGUUCUACAGCUUCCGCCACAUCAGCUUCCAGGAGUUUUUUCACGCCAUGUCCUACCUGGUGAAAGAGGACCAGAGCCAGCUGGGGGAAGAGUCCCUCAGGGAGGUGAACAGGCUGCUGGGGGACAGGGAGCAGGCGGCGGGGGAGGAGAUGACCCUCAGCAUGCAGUUUCUAUUGGACAUAUCGAAAAAAGAGAGCUCCUCCAACUUGGAGCUUACGUUCUGCUUCAAAAUCUCCCCCUCGAUAAAGCAGGAUCUGAAGAAUUUCAAAGAGCAGAUGAGCUCUCUAAAGCAUAACAGGUCCUGGGAGUGGGACUUCUUCCUGAAUGAGGCUAAAAUGAAGAGUCUGGCAAACUGUGUUCAGAUGAGCAAUGUGGCGAUUAGGAUGGAACAUUCAAAUGAAAAGAAUUCCCACAGCAGGAGCUCACUUUCUGUCAAAACCACCUUGAGUGAUGCCACGAAAGAGGAGCAAAAAUGUCUAGUUGUGAACGAAGGGAAUGUAGCAGGGACACAGAAGCAGGCUGCCAGUGGGAAAAGCAGAGGGAAGAGGAACUAGAGACCAGGAUGGUCGGGGUAGGAGUAGGACAGGAAGCACACAAAUGGAGACACUAGAGCUGAUGGUGGGGUGGAGAGACAGAGGGAGAGGGAAGACGGUAGAAAGGAAUGGAGAGAUGUGAGAUUGAGUUAAUGGGCACAAGGAGUGGAAGGACAGAAUAACAAAUAGAAAAGAGAAAUAGAGGGUCAAGAGAUUUGGAACAUAGGACGUGGGGAGAGCCAUGUGGAAUGAGUCCUUAGGAACAACCACGUGUCAACAGUGGCUCAGGGUUAGUUGUUUAGCACCUCCUACUCCCCAAGGCUGUUUGUAAAUUCCCCAAAUGUAAUCUUAUGAGGGUCUGACAUUUGACUUUUCUAUAAAAAUAAAUUCCUUAAUAUAA